CAGGCUACUGGAGUGGAGAUCCAAGAACAGCUAAACCCAGCUAGACAGAGGACCCAGGAGAAGAUAAAUCUUACAUGCAGAUAGAGAGAGACGAUCUAAGAUAUUCACAGAGGAUACCCAAGUCUAUUGCUUGCUGCCCCCCCCAAACCACAAGACAAUGAUACCCCUGAGGAUCUCUGUUUUGCUCCUCUUCGUGGCACUUAGGAGCACGUACGGGGGCAACACCCAGGAAUUCCAGAGCAGCGAAGGGACGGAGCAGGAGUUUAUUUACCUGAACAGGGAGAGACGGGCGGCGGCGGCGGAGUCACAUGACAAGUGCACCUACACCUUCAUUGUGCCCCAGCAGAGGGUGACGGGGGCCAUUUGCGUCAACUCCAAGGAGCAGGAGCCCGUGUACGAGACCCGGGUGCACAAGCAGGAGGUGGAGCUGCUGAACAGCGAGCUGCUGAAGCAGAAGAGGCAGAUCGAGGCCCUCCAGCAGAUGGUGGAGGUGGAUGGUGGCAUCGUCAACGAGGUGAAGCUGCUGCGCAAGGAGAGCCGCAACAUGAACUCGCGGGUCACCCAACUGUACAUGCAGCUGCUGCACGAGAUCAUACGCAAACGGGACAAUGCCUUGGAGCUGUCUCAGCUGGAGAACAAGGUCCUCAACCAGACGGCCGAGAUGCUGCAGCUCACCAACAAGUACAAGGACCUGGAGCACAAGUACCAGCACUUGGCCUCGCUGGCCAGCAACCAGUCCAUCGUCAUCGCCCAACUGGAGGAGCACUGUAAAAAGACGCCCCCGGUGCAAACCAAGCCGAUAGCCCAGCCCCCCCAGCAGCCAAACAAGGUCUAUAACCCUCCCAACUACAACCGCAUCAACCAAAUAGCGACCAACGAGAUUCAAGGAGAUCAGAAUUUGAAGGUCUUGCCACCUCCCUUGCCCACCAUGCCUCUAUUCACCAGCAAUUCAAACACCACAGACAAGCCCUCUGGGCCCUGGAAAGACUGUCUGCAAGCCCUGGAGGAUGGGCACGACACCAGCAGCAUAUACCUAGUGAAACCCGAGAAUACCAACCGACUCAUGCAGGUGUGGUGCGACCAGCGGCACGACCCCGGGGGCUGGACUGUCAUCCAGAGGCGCUUGGACGGGUCCGUCAACUUCUUCAGGAACUGGGAAACUUACAAGCAUGGAUUCGGCAACAUUGACGGUGAAUAUUGGCUGGGCCUGGAAAACAUCUACUGGUUGACAAACCAAGACAACUACAAACUGCUGGUCACCAUGGAGGACUGGUCGGGCCGCAAAGUGUUUGCCGAAUACGCCAGCUUCCGCCUGGAGCCGGAGAGCGAAUACUACAAGCUUCGGUUGGGUCGCUACCACGGCAAUGCUGGGGACUCUUUCACCUGGCACAACGGCAAACAGUUCACCACACUGGACAGGGACCACGACGUGUAUUCAGGAAACUGCGCUCACUAUCAGAAGGGCGGCUGGUGGUACAACGCCUGCGCUCACUCCAACCUCAACGGCGUCUGGUACAGAGGAGGACACUACCGUAGCCGGUACCAAGAUGGAGUUUACUGGGCCGAAUUCAGAGGGGGGUCAUACUCGUUAAAGAAAGUGGUCAUGAUGAUCAGGCCCAAUCCCAACACUUUCCACUAGGAACCGUAACCAUCUGAAUGAAGUUCUGGCAUCGGAAAAGGGAUAGAAAGACUUUGCUUCUGUGACUACAGAGACUUUUACUGUCCGCGAACACCCGUACUGUAAAGUGCUGUAUAUUUUAUUGUCGAUCCGUUUCUGACCUCUCCACAAGCCAUUCCUGCAAGGGAGCAUACCAACCCAAACCAGACACGCCUCACCCUCUUAAGGUCCCAGAACGACCCGUUUGCACCCCAUUCACGCCAAUUGCACACCCAUUAUACAUAGCUUUUGUUGGCAUGUACGUAGGGCAGCGCUUGUAUUAAUCCAAAGCACCGUGUAUUAUCUCAACGACGCAGGAGAGGACAUCCCACGAAGUCUUGUAGCAAUAACUUAGGUGUUAGUACUUAAUCCAUUUCUUAUACGUUCAUUAUAACAUUUUGUACUCAACGUUCCUCCUUCUGGUUUGUCAAAGACGGCGAGUCUUUGCAGUCAACGAGCAAGAUGUAUUUACCUCCCCUUCCGAGUAAAGGUGCCCAUACACGGGCUGAUUCUAGCUGCCAAAAUUGGCCAGAUAUCGAUCGGGCAGGUUAAAAAGUCUAGUCAGAUCGGGGACUGCAUUGGCUCGUUGAUGCGGCCCCCGAACCGACUUUGCCUAUACCCUUCGUUGGGCCAAACGAUUGAAUUAGCCUGGAUUCUCCUGAUAUCGCCCACUGGUAGGUGGGGGAUUUCGGGAGAAGAUCCGCUCGCUUGGCGACAUCGGAUCUGAAGGUGUAUGGCCACCUUUAGAACUAUCAGCACUUAGACACGUUCCACCACACUCCUAGCUUCCCUUCACUCCCAAUGUACUGUCUCCGUAUGCUACUCUACGUAACCGUGACUUCUUCUAUCCAUGUAUCUGAUCAGGGAAGGACACAUUAUGCUUUAAAAGCCAACAAAUCUACCUGUACAGUAUUUAGAGAUAUGUGUAAAUAUAUAUUUUUACAGACAAAAGAAAUACACAACAUACCUUCAUGUACCUAUGAAUAUUAUCUCUGCUUUUGACGUUUCUUAUAUCUUGACACGGUUCGUGUCCCAUCUACGAAGGACUAUAUCUUUUGGGGUAAUAAAAGGCUAUCCUCCUUUGCAGGCAAACGAUGGGUGCCAAAUAAUAUUUAAACUGUGUGUAAGUAGAAUAUGAAUGGUAAUGGAAGGUACAGGCCAGUUUACAAAGACGUCCUUGGCCACCAUGGGUCUUCUCACCAUGAUCUUCUCAAGAUGGUUUUCCACCGACGGUGGAAAGGCAAAUGCGUUGCUUCGUCUUUUCCAAAGUCAGAAGUGUUCUCAUGAGUUUUCUCAUGGGCGACUUAGCGUUUGUGGGGAGUUUAGUCGGCCGCAAUGGCCAAUAAGUCUCCCCGUGGGCCAUAAGCCUAAGACUAAACGAUUUGGAACCCAGCUCUCCUGUUUCACCCACUCAAAAAAUAUAUGAGAUCGUCCAGGAACAAAAAUUCACCCGAUGGAGUGAAAUGUUCAUCGCUUUUUAUAAGUCAAGGUGUAUAUUUUUGAUCAUUUCCAGUACAGUACGAGGUACAGGGUUAAAAAAAAAAAAAAAAAGAAUGAAGAAAAACAAUAAUAAAUAUUAUGCAAUUCUGGGACGUUAAACAGAGCUGUUAUUUCCCCACCCUGCGCUUGAUUGGCUGACACCAAAACAAAAAUUGUUGGUAUGUAGCCACGUGCCGAGUGUAAAACAAUCAAACUGGGAAUAAAAUGAAUCAUCAUUUUUCA